AUGGUGAAUAUCUACAGAUGUGAAUUGCUCUUCUUGGUUGGUUCAAUUUUGUGUUUAGUAUGUGUUUCAUUAGGAUAUGUUCCUGAAGAUAACUAUUUGAUAGAUUGUGGAUCCUCUACAAAUAGUUCAGUAGGGGAUCGGGAUCGUGUAUUUGUAGCUGAUCAAUUCUAUUCCAACGUCCUUUCAACCCCACACAGUGUUUCUGCCAAUACUAGUUCAAUUUCCAUCUCUUCAACAUAUGAUUCUGCUCUUUAUCAAACUGCAAAAAUAUUCAAUGAGAACUCUUAUUACACCUUUCCAAUCAAGAAACCCGGGCGACACUGGAUUCGCCUUCAUUUCUUUCCCUUUGUGUAUGGAAACUAUAAUUUGAGCAUGGCAAAGUUCUCUGUGUCUGCUCAAAAUUUCACACUUAUUAAAGAAUACCAAUUAGAGAAUCCUCCCAAUGUUAAGGAAUACUCUGUCAAUGUAACUUCUGGCAGUCUCAUUCUCACCUUUACCCCUUCUGUCAAUUCAUUUGCCUUUAUAAAUGCAUUAGAAGUUUUUUCUCUCCCCGACGAGCUGAUUCCUGCUGGCGCUAGGACCAUUAGUAGUCUGCAAGGUAACUACAAAAAUCUGUGGAAGCAAGCAUUAGAGACAGUUGAGAGGGUUAAUAUGGGCAACAAAACCGUCUCUCCCCAAAAUGAUACCUUGUGGCGACUUUGGGUUUCUGAUGAUGAAUAUCUGAGACACAAGAAUCUAGUAACAUUUGUGCCAAAUGUCAAAGCCGUCAAUUUCACAGGAGGAGGGCCGACCGAGAACAUUGCUCCCUCUUCUGUCUACGGGACUGCUACUAGAUUGAACUCAGAUUCUGAUCCUAAUUUCAAUGCCAAUGUGACAUGGAUUUUUGAUGUUGAUCCUGGUUUUGAGUAUCUGGUUCGGUUUCACUUUUGUGAUAUAUUGAGCAAUCCUAAGCCCAGGCUCUACUUCAAUGUCUACAUUGGUUCUUGGCUAGUUUCUCAAAAUCUUGAUCUUCUCAAACUCGCACCCUCCUCGGGUGCUCCAUAUUUUAUGGAUGCCAUCACCAGGGUAAGUGACACUCGAAUGCUAAAUGUAAGUGUUGGCCCUUCUAAUGUAGGCAACCCUGACCCAAAUGCCAUUCUUAAUGGGUUGGAGAUCAUGAAAAUAAGCAAUUCUGAGGAUAGCCUCGAUGUCUUAGACUCUGUUUCCUCAAAAAGUUCGAAGACAAAAGUUAUUAUUGUAGCGGGCUUGACUGUAGGAUUGUUUAUCGUUGUUGUUUUUGGUUUGAUUGUCUUUCUGCUGUGUCGAAGAACGAAACGAGACCAUGUUGACCCCUUGAAAUCAGAAGGCCACUUUCCCAUGAGUGGAGGAGGUGCCAAUCAAUACUUCAACGGGGCUAACAUCUUUUCCACUUCAAAAUUUGGGUAUCGCUUCCCUUUCAUGGCUAUCCAAGAGGCUACCGAUAACUUCUCUGAGAGUUUGGUUAUUGGGGUUGGUGGCUUUGGAAAGGUUUACAAGGGAGUUCUGAGAGAUGAGACCACGGUGGCAGUGAAGAGGGGAACUUCACAAUCACAAGGCAUCGCAGAAUUCAGGACUGAGAUUGAAAUGUUAUCUCAGUUCCGGCAUCGGCAUUUGGUCUCUUUGAUUGGAUACUGUGAUGAAAGGGAUGAGUUGAUCAUAAUAUACGAGUACAUGGAAAAUGGGACUCUGAAGGAUCAUCUGUAUGGCUCAAAUCAUCCCAAACUAAGUUGGAGGCAACGGCUUGAUGUAUGCAUUGGAGCAGCUAAAGGACUUCACUAUCUCCACACUGGCUCCACAAGGGCUAUCAUUCAUCGCGAUGUCAAGUCUGCAAACAUACUACUGGAUGAGAAUUUCAUGGCCAAGGUUGCUGAUUUUGGGCUUUCAAAGACUGGUCCUGAAAUGGAUCAGUCACAUGUUAGCACAAUGGUAAAAGGAAGCUUCGGAUAUCUUGAUCCAGAGUACUUGAUAAGGCAGCAACUGACAGAGAAAUCAGAUGUUUACUCAUUUGGAGUCGUCAUGUUUGAAGUUCUUUGCGGGAGACCUGUUAUCGAUCCAUCAGUUUCAAGAGAAAAGGUUAACUUAGUUGAUUGGGCAUUGAAGUCUACGAGAAGAGGACAAUUGGAGGAAAUUGUAGACCCUCGUCUUGAAGGUCAAAUUAAGCCAGAUUCAUUGAAGAAGUUUAUUGAGAUAGCUGGGAAGUGCUUGGCAGAAUGCGGUGUUUAUAGACCUUCAAUGGGAGAUGUCUUGUGGAAUUUGGAGUGCUCCCUUCAACUCCAGGGGAAUGAAGAGAGGUCAAGCAACAACUAUCAGAUUUCAACACAAUUUAAUCGUGGAAAUAGCUUUGAAACCAGAGUAUCGGCCAGAGAAUUCAGCGUGGGAAGUGUCAAUGACCUUGAUGGCGAUUCGAUGAGUAAAGUCUUUGCUCAAAUGGUGAGAGAGGAAAUGAGGUAG